UAAAGCCUUACACCACAAUCACAAAUCACAACGGUUCCACUUGUACGGGUAGGCCCUGCAAUUGACGGCCCUUUUUGUCCCCCCUCCUCGCUUCCUUUCUUAUCUUGAUUUCUUAUCCACCAUAAACAGAGCAUCUGCAAUUCUGCAUGGACUUCCUCCUCCUUUUAUUUUUCCUUUAGAAACAUCUCAAAAAGAUUAAGAAAAAAGGAUGGCCACUGCUGCACAAUGUUUACACUUGCAAUAUAGGGCGCUAGCCUGGGUCAACUGCCUGCGCAGAAGCGAAAUGCCCAUGCCAUUUAGAGCUACACAGGGACAUAGUAAGACAUCUAAGAGCAAUAGACGUGGACUUAUGGUGAAAUGCAGCGGGAGUGGGAUAGGGAUAGGCGACUUCAUUGGAGGAGAUCUGUUGAGAUUUGAUUUGGGGCGUUGGCUAUCCGAUGUGGAAGAGCACAAAGCCCUUGCUAUUUACAGCCCGCACGAGGGAGGCUAUGAGGGUCGCUACCUUAACCGCCUCCGAUACCAGGGAUACUAUUUCCUUGACCUUUCUGCUCGUGGCCUUGGUGAUCCCGAGACUACCCUCACCAAGAUCCAUCCUGUUUGCCCUGCUCAUGUUGGGAAGCAACCUAUAGCAAGGUGGUAUUUCCCGCCAGAAGUUGAUUAUCGGCUCGAGGCAUUGCCUCCUGAUGCCAAAGGACUAGUCGUCUGGAUAAUUGAAGCCAAGGUUCUCUCCAAGUCGGAGCUGCAGUUUCUUGCUUUGCUUCCCACCCUCCGGCCUAAAGUUAGGGUUAUUGCUGAGUGUGGAAACUGGAGAAAAUUCAUGUGGAAACCACUCAAAGAAAUUGCAGGACUAACCGCUGAGGAGGUAGCAUGAACAAUCCAAAUGCCCAAUACUAUAGCAGAUGUUGAGAAGCAACUUGGAAGUGGGAACACUCAUAACUCCUGUAGUACCAAAGUACCUGAAGGCCUUUAAGCUGCACUACAAAGAAGAAAACACCACUGAUUCGCGGAUAGAUUAACCCCAACUUCCACUUUUAAACAUGCCUGUCACAAUCAUAUUCCUGGUAAUGUAGGCGAGAAAUUCCAGUCAAUCAUCAUCUUCCCUAGUUUUCUUGAUGCACUACAUGCUGUUGCACAACUUCGCCCAACAUGAUUUGAUUACAUCAAAUGAGAAGCCUUUCAAUAGAGGCCGCCUUGUACCCCGUAAACUUAUUGCCCAGUGCAGAUGCGCUCAAGCA